UUAUUACAGAUGAUGAAUUCCGCAGGCUCGUUCAUCUCGGUAUUAUUAGCGAUGCAAUGAACACAACAACGCGAUAAAAAUAUACCUUCCGUCGUCUUUCUAUCGAUAGUCGGGAAGAACAUAUCGAAAAUAAACGUAUUAAUGUAAACACUAGUUAGUAAACUCAUAUGAUGAACUCAUAUGACAUCUCCGAAAUAUUGUAAAGAAAUUAAAUUAACCGUAAAAUAAUUUCCAGAUGUAACAUCGAAACUACGAAGUAAGCAAUUUCCACGACCCCGAGCGACUAUAAGAUUAAAGGGUAGCAUAAUAUAUCUCAUAGCGUCCACGAAUCCUCUUCGGACGACUUUUCCUUUCAUCUUCAGCGCGAUUUUUUGAAAUUCCUCUUCGUUCCCCCAAGAUCAUUGCACAUGACGAUUUUUCGACGAGCUAUAGACGGCUAUCUCUUUGUGCAUUUGUCUCUCCCAAGAUCGUGCAUUUUUAACGGAAAUUGCAUGCACUGUACCCUAGGCGCUUUGGACGGACGUCCCCUUUGAUUUCCCUUCUAUCCGCCAAAUCAGCGACCAUCGACCACAUGAACUGUGUCUAGAUUAUACGCAGCACAGUGAAAAUAUUUAAUGACCAACUGCCAUUGCUCGUUCGUCUUGGGGCACCACUGUUUGAUGACCCCUCGCGAUCAUUCAGUCUUUGGCCGGCUGUCCGAUGACGCGUAUCGAACUCUCAUCGGUUAUACUUUACGGGAACACGUUUUUACAGCUAUUUCGAUAGCUAUUUUUUGUAAAGUGUCUUUUUUCUACAAUACGCAUAUGAUCUCGCCGUGCAACAGCGAGCGCGAAUUCUAAUGAGGGCAACCAAAGUUGUGGCUUGCAAAAGCACGAUCAGUCGCAUAGUGAAAUGUUUGCUCAUUUUGUACGGCAUCUGGCCGGACACCUCGUGCAUUAUGUUCUGCAAAGUGUUUUGGAGCAUCUCGUUAACGAUAAUUCAAUUUUGGCACUACCAAUAUUUACUUGCACAUUUUUAUUCCAAUGAUAUAUUCGACUUGAUGGAUUGCCUUAGUACCUUUGUUGGAUACUUUAAGUUGCUUAUCAAGAUCAUUGUCUUUUGGUGGAAUCAACAGAUAUUCAAUCAAAUCUUGAGAACGAUGGCGGAAGACUGGAGAGAUUGUGAGAACAAUGAUAUCGAAAUGCGUAAAGUAAUCAGCAAAGCAAAGAUGUCACAUUACGUUAGCAACGCGAUCAUCACCUUGCACACAGUAGCAGUACUUUUUUAUGGCAUUAAUAUCAUUUUAACUGACGUCGACAUUACUGAUCGCACAAUCGAGAUACCGCACAUAUUUCGAAUAGAACUUCCGUUUGACAUAAAGACACAGAGUAUGUACACAUUCGUAUUAAUAAUAGAACUGAUACAGCUUAUUAUGAGCAGCUGGGGUAUGGGAGUGAUAAAUGCCUUGCUUGUAGCAUUGACCCUACACGUAGGCGGUCAAAUAGAUAUACUACAUUGCUGGUUGACGGAACUGGAAUUUGCAAAGAGUGCUGAUAUACAUAGAAUCAACGUGAUAAAGAUUAUUCAGAAACAUCAGAAAAUUAUUUAUUUCACGGAAAAUAUAGAGACUCUCUACACAUUCAUCGCAUUGUUGCAGUUCGUGUCAAACGUGAUGAUGAUUUGUAUAUUAGGAUUUUUGGUUAUAACAGCGCUCGAUAAUCCCAAUGCAACGGAGAAGUUAAUGAGAUCAUUUUCGUAUUACAGCGUGACAAAUCUAGAAGCGUUUAUAUUCUGCUAUGCUGGGGAGUAUUUGAUCAACAAGAGCAAAGUGAUCGGAUACGCUGCGUACGAUUCCGCCUGGUACGACAUGGAGCCAAAGGACAGACGUAUUCUGUUGCUUAUUAUUUUGAGAUCGCAGAAGCAAUUAACACUGACGAUUGGAAAGCUGAUGGAUCUCUCGUUGCAGCGCUUCACAAGUAUUAUGAAUUCCGCGGGUUCGUACAUCUCGGUAUUAAUGGCGAUGCAAUGAAGAGCAACGUAAUGAAAAUAUUUUUCCCGUCGUUUUUCUAUCAAUAAUCGGGAAGUAUUUAUUUAGAAUAAACAGAUUAAUGUAAACACUAGUUAGUAAACAUAUAAUGUAACGUAUGACAUCUCCGAAAUAUUGUAAAGAAAUUAAAUCAGCCGUAAAAAAAUUUCC